AUGUCUGCUACUCAAGCAACCCCAAGUAGAUACACAGGAAAUUUGCCAAAGUGCAAUAAAUGCAACUUCCAUCGUACGGGAGCUUGCAGAGAAAUGCACUGCAAGAACUGUAACAGAAAUGGGCACACUGCCCGUUCCUGUAAACCACCAACACAACCCAUUUCUCAAGUCACUGCCACAAGAGUGAGCCAAGCUUGCUAUGAAUGUGGGGAAGUAGGGAAUUUCAAGAGAAAUUGUCCUAAGAUAAAAAAUGAUGGUGGUAUAGGAAGGGUUUUGGAAAUUGGCUACGAAGAAGCAGUAGUGGAUCCUAAUGUGGUGACCGAUACGUUUCUCCACAACAAUUCUUACACAUGCACUCUUUUCGAUACCGAUGCAGAGAAAAGUUUUGUAAUCCAUAAAUUCAAACAUCUUCUAAAACAAAAUCCCAAAGCACAAAAAGAUACAUUCACCAUUGAGAUGGACAACGGAAAAACCGAGAAUUCCAAUGACAUGUACAUAGGAUGCACACUUACUCUAAAUAAGCAAUCAUUCCAAAUUGACCUUAUCCUGGUCUCAAUUAAAAGUAUUGACAUCAUAAUUGGCAUGGAUUGGUUAAGUCUUCACCAUGUUGAUAUCCUGUGUUUCGAGAAAGCCAUCCGUCUUAAUAUGACAAGUAACGAAUCUAUCGUUAUCUAUGGCGAUAAAUCUGGUGCAAAUCUCCAACUCAUUUCUUCCGUCAAGGCUCAGAAGUAUCUUCGCAAAGACUAUUGUGCCUUCUUAGCUCAAGUUGUUGAUAAGAUACAAGAAGUGAAAAGCAUCAAGGAUAUCCCUAAAAUGACCUCUUCAAUCAACUUCAAGGGGAAAGUUUCUUCUCCAAGAUUGUCCUGA